UCUUGGUGCCUGGUUGCCAGGGCAACGGCGCGCUUGAGCGGGAGAAGCGGAGGCGCCGCGGCGAUGCAGGCGAAGAUGGGGGCGACGCCGGCGCAGCAGCUGGAGCGGCGGCAGCACGAGGCCUACCUGCGGCAGCUGCGGGAGGAGGCGCACGAGCUGAAGGUGCGGCGCGUGCACCAGCUGGAGGUGAUGUGCGAGGCCGAGGAGCGCGUGGAGCGCCGGCGCCUGUCCCGCCUGCUGCGCGAGGAGGAGCACGAGCGCCGCCUGGACCACGCCCUCCGCCACGCGCAAGAGAACAAGAGGCUGCGGGAGCAGGAGCUGCAGCAGGAGGAGAAGCUGGCGGCGGAGCUGGCCCACCUGCAGCGGGAGCAGCUCAAGGACGAGAAGAUGCGCCAGCAGAUCAGGGAGAACAGCCUUGAACUACGGGAGCUGGAGAGGAAGCUGAAAUUUGCAUACCUCAACCAAGAAAGGGCCGCCCAGAUUGCUGAAAGGGAAGCUCUGAAAUUUGAACAGAUGAAGAGCGAUGGGGAGCUGGCCAGAGCCAUGAAGGAAGAGCAGGAGAAGGCCAGGCUGGCCGAGAGCGCGGUGGAGACGAGGCGGAAUCAGGAGAAAGUCCUUUAUCAGCAAGAGCUGGAGAAGCAGCUGGAGGAGGGCGAGAGGCAGAAGCAGGCCGCCUACGAGGAGUUCCUCCGAGACAAGCUCCUCAUCGACGCCAUCGUCAGGAAGAUCUAUGAGGAAGACGAAAGAGCACGGCAGGAAAGGAUGGAGAAGAAGAGGCUGACCCAGCGCUUCAUCGAAGAGUUUAAACGAGACCAGGAGCUGCGGCGGCAGAGGCAGCGCGAGGAGGUGGAGGAGGAGAACAGGAAGAUCCUGGCCUUUGCCAACAUGUGGCAGCAGAGAGAAGACAAGCGGAUGGCUCAAGUCCACGAGAACGAGGAGCAGAAGCGCAAGCUCCAGCAGAUGAUGGUGGAGCACAUGGAAAGAGAGCGGCAGGAGCGAGAAGAGCUGGAGCUGCUCCGUGAGGAGCUCUCUCUGGAGGAGCAAGCGGCGGCCGACAGGAAGAAGGAGAGGGAAGAGAUGGAAAAGAAAAUCCGGCAGCGCUUGGAGCUGCGGCACUCCUACGAAGAGCAGCUGGCUGUGCGGGAGGUGCUGCAGCAGGCCCUGCGAGAGGAGGAGGCCGCCUUCUGCCAGGCCAUGCUGGCCAAGUUUGCGGAGGACGACCGCAUCGAACAGAUGAACGCCCAGAAGCGGAGGAUGAAGCAGCUGGAGCACCGGAGGGCCGUGCAGCAACUGAUCGAAGACCGACGCAAACAGUUCCUGGCAGACAAGGAGCGUGAGCUGGAGGAGAGGCAGCUGGAAGAGAAGAGGGCUGACGCCGUGAAGGCCAUCGUUGAAGAAGAACGCCGCAAGCUGCUCCAGCAACAUGCUGUCAAGCUGCUGGGGUACCUUCCCCGAGGAGUUCUUAAAGAUGAGCAAGACAUCGACAUGCUUGGAGAAGAGUUUCGGCAAGUUUACCAGAAGAGAAAAAACGUGGGGCUUGCAGAAGAAACCGGAGGUGAAUCUACUUCUUCCCAGUAACUGUGGCUCCCGUGGUUUAGGCCGGCACUAACUGUGACCCUCUUGUGUCUUCCUGGGGGGUGGUUCAUUCCCGCUUAUACUAUAUGGUCUUGUUUGGAAAGCAAUCUUUGUCUCAACUCAAGAAAGAGGGGGACCUGGAAAGAGGAGCUGGAUGGGAGUUCGCAUUAAAAAGAAUGUUUCCGCCAA